CGGGCCUGGCCUUCUUUCUCGGUCGCAAUCGCCCGCUCUUUAUCUCGCUCCCUCGCACGCCCGUACGCUCCCGCUCCCACCUCAUACGCAACAUGCACGCGGGCAACGCAUGCAGCAUGCGAGAUCCGCCGCUCGCUGAGGACUUCUCUGUCCCCCCGAUGUUCCACGACCCGUCCGGCCGUCCGGCCGCCCCACUGCCCAGCCGUUUCUCGCCCGGCUGCAUUGGGGAUCCCUCGUGUUGCUCACGCAGGGUGCUGUCCGCUCCAGUCACCGGCUGCCGCCCUCGCGGACUAACAAUCGGGGGCAAAAAAGGUUAUCUUGUGCUACUUCCUCGCACAUAGCCCAUGUAAUCGCCAACUUUCGCCACCACUUGUGAUACUCUAUCUGC